UCACAUGCACUAUGAAACUCAGCAAUUGGAUGUUGUUUGACGUAAUUUGUCAUAAUGUAUUAUGAGGAAAAAACUUUAGCGAUAAAAGGAAACGAAUUUCAAGAGACUACCUGCAUACUACAUUGCAGACGACCACCGCCGAGAUUAUUAAUAUGGAUCUCUUACUCCAUCUACUGGUCAUGCUUGUGUCCUCUCUGCCCCUCAGAAUGACAGACCCAGCUGUGAAGAGGGUGGUCAGUGAGAUCAUCCGCUCUCCAGAGGACAAGCGUGUUUACAGAGGCCUAGAGUUUACCAAUGGCCUGAAGGCUGUCCUCAUCAGUGAUCCCACCACAGAUAAAGCUUCAGCAGCACUGGACGUCCACAUAGGUUCCUUGUCAGACCCGGGGAACAUAUCAGGAAUCGCCCACUUCUGCGAGCACAUGCUCUUCUUGGGAACUGAGAAGUACCCCAAGGAGAAUGAGUACAGCCAGUUUCUCAGCGAACACGCUGGCAGCUCCAAUGCUUUUACCAGUGGAGAGCACACCAACUACUACUUUGAUGUAUCUCACGAGCACCUGGAGGGAGCCCUGGACAGGUUUGCUCAGUUCUUCCUGUGCCCUUUAUUUGAUGAGAGUUGUAAGGAUCGGGAGGUAAAUGCUGUGGAUUCAGAGCAUGAAAAGAACCUGAUGAAUGAUGCAUGGAGGUUGUUCCAAUUGGAGAAGGCAACUGGUAACCCCAACCACCCAUUCAGCAAAUUUGGAACAGGGAACAAGUUGACUCUGGAGACGAGGCCAUCUAAGGAUGGCAUCGACAUCCGCCAGGAGCUCCUGAAAUUCCACUCCACCUACUACUCCUCCAACCUCAUGGGACUGUGUGUGCUGGGAAGAGAAUCUUUAGAUGAGCUCACAGCCAUGGUGGUCAAGUUGUUUGCAGAGGUGGAGAACAAGAAUGUGCCUAUCCCAGAGUUCCCUGAGCACCCCUUUCAAGAGGAGCACCUCAGGCAAUUCUACAAAGUGGUGCCUAUCAAGGACAUUAGGAACCUGUAUGUGACCUUCCCCAUCCCAGACCUGCAGAAGUACUACAAGUCCAAUCCAGGCCACUAUCUGGGGCAUCUAAUUGGCCACGAGGGCCCGGGAAGCCUGCUGUCUGAGCUCAAGUCCAAGGGCUGGGUCAAUACACUGGUAGGAGGCCAGAAGGAGGGAGCCAAAGGCUUCAUGUUCUUCAUCAUAAAUGUGGAUCUGACAGAGGAAGGACUCUUGCACGUGGAUGACAUCAUCUUCCACAUGUUCCAGUAUAUCCAGAAGUUGCGCACGGAGGGACCUCAGGAGUGGGUCUUCCAGGAGUGCAAGGACUUGAACACGGUUGCCUUCAGAUUCAAGGACAAGGAGCGGCCGCGCGGCUACACAUCCAAAGUGUCUGGAUUAGUGCACUAUUAUCCUCUGGAAGAGAUUCUAGCAGCGGAGUACCUCCUGGAAGACUUUAGACCAGACCUCAUAGAGAUGGUCCUGGACAAGUUGAGGCCAGAAUAUGUCAGGGUUGCAGUUGUCUCAAAGUCGUUCGAAGGGCAAACAGACCGGACAGAGGAAUGGUAUGGAACGCACUACAAACAGGAGCCCAUAUCCGAUGAAGUCCUCAAGAAAUGGGGAAACGCAGAUCUCAACGGCAAGUUCAAGCUUCCCACAAAGAACGAGUUCAUUCCCACCAGCUUUGAGAUCUACCCUCUAGAGAAGGACUCCCCGUCCACACCCACUCUUAUCAAGGACACCGCUAUGAGCAAGGUGUGGUUCAAGCAGGAUGACAAGUUUUUCCUACCAAAGGCCUGCCUGAAUUUUGAGUUCUUCAGCCCGUUUGCAUAUGUGGACCCGAUACAUUGUAACAUGGCCUAUUUGUACCUGGAGCUCCUAAAGGACUCCCUCAACGAGUAUGCAUAUGCAGCCGAGCUAGCCGGCUUGAACUAUGACCUCCAAAAUACCAUCUAUGGGAUGUAUCUCUCAGUAAAGGGCUACAAUGACAAGCAGCACAUCCUGCUGAAGAAGAUUAUUGAGAAAAUGGCCACGUUUGAGAUUGACGAGAAACGCUUUGACAUCAUCAAGGAGGCGUAUAUGAGGUCACUGAAUAACUUCCGGGCUGAGCAACCCCAUCAGCAUGCGAUGUACUACCUGCGUCUACUGAUGACAGAGGUAGCCUGGACCAAAGAAGAGCUCAAGGAGGCUCUGGAAGAUGUCACUCUCCCCCGGCUCAAGGCCUUCAUACCUCAACUGUUGUCACGGUUACACAUCGAGACCCUUCUCCAUGGCAACAUCACCAAGGAGUCUGCCCUAGGGAUGAUGCAGAUGGUCGAGGACACGCUCAUGAAUCAAGCCCAAACCAAGCCCCUCCUGCCGAGCCAGUUGAUUCGCUACAGGGAGGUGCAGGUGCCAGAUGGGGGCUGGUACGUCUACCAACAGAGGAAUGAAGUGCACAACAACUGUGGAAUCGAGAUCUACUACCAAACUGACAUGCAGACCACCCAUGACAACAUGCUGUUGGAGCUCUUCUGCCAGAUCAUCUCUGAGCCCUGCUUCAACACUCUCCGCACCAAGGAACAGCUGGGGUACAUUGUGUUCAGUGGGCCACGCCGCGCUAAUGGAGUCCAAGGUCUGCGCUUCAUCAUCCAGUCAGAGAAGGCCCCACAUUACCUGGAGAGCCGUGUGGAGGCCUUCCUGAAGGCCAUGGAGAGGUCUGUGGAGGAGAUGAGCGACGAGGCCUUCCAGAAACACAUUCAGGCUUUGGCUAUCCGCCGCCUGGACAAGCCCAAGAAGCUGGCGGCCGAGUGCGCCAAGUACUGGGGCGAGAUCAUCUCCCAGCAGUACAACUUUGACAGAGAUAACAUUGAAGUGGCCUAUCUGAAGACAAUGACUAAAGAUAGCAUCAUGCAGUUCUACCGGGAUUUGUUGGCAGUGGAGGCACCCAAGAGGCACAAGGUGUCUGUGCAUGUCCUGUCUAGGGAGAUGGACUCGUGCCCAGUUGUGGGAGAGUUUCCUGCCCAGAAUGAUGUGAACCUGGCCCCUGCACCGUCCCUGCCACAGCCUACGUUGGUGCAGGAUAUGACAGAGUUCAAGAGGAGCCUGCCACUCUUCCCUCUGGCCAAGCCCCACAUCAAUUUCAUGGCUGCCAAACUGUGAGAGGAGCAGGGCAGCCCUGGCCUCAGAGCAGCACUGUGGGCACUGCUGGGGACCCUGCUAUGUCCCUCCACGCUUCAGGUGAAUGGAGUCAGGACACCCGUCGUCUGAUUGAGCCUGCAUGUUUGUUUCUGUGUGUGUCUGUGUGUUUGGUAGCCUUGAGAGGCCACUAGUGGUGCUUGGAAAUGUGUGAUUCACCCAACUUAGCUGUGGUUCUCAUCAUAGCUCGGUGUUCUAGCAGAAAUCGCACAUAUAAAACCUUAAUUUUAGUCUGGAGAAACCCCACCGACACACAUUCCCAAGUUCUGUAGAAACCGAUUCUAGAGGAAUAGUACUGACUCAAAGAACCACUAGGCCAGAACUCUGACACUUGAUAAUAGAAGUGUUUUUAUUAUUCAGCCUAGCCACAAGGACAUGCUGCUGCAUUGAGAAGCUGUUGGUUAGCGACGAUGGUCAUGUGACGCUGUUAAGGCGUGAGAGGUUAGCUCUGCAAGCUCCUCGUUUCAUUUUAAACACGUUGGAGACAAACUCCAGUGGGGUGAGGCAUCAGCACAGUGACAACUUGCGUCACAAUCAAAAAAGACGUGUUGAAAUAAUGCCUAAACACAUUUUGUCACAACAGAAAGGUCUAAAAUAGUAUUAGCCUUAUGGAAAUUGUUUUAAUCCAUGAUGUACAGGUUUUGAGAUCUGAGUUUUCUUUUUAUUUAAACUAGUAAAAUGUCAGGGCUCUGAGGAGCUGUUUUAAAACUAUUCAUUUGGUGGAGAUGAGUGUUCAUGAAGAUUUUAAAGGAGUGCUUUCUACAGGGUUGUAUUAUUAUCCGAGCAUCACUCAGGGUACCUCAAUCUUUGAUUUCUGAUUUUUAUUUGAUACUGUAGAAAAAUAAACGUAUUUUAAAUGUAUGUCAUUUAUGGUAAUUACUUGUUUGGAGUCAUAAAUAAGUCACUUUAUAGGUUUCCUUGUUUUUUAAU